AUGGGAGAAGCUGUCCAGCCUCCGGCAAACCCUACACCGGAGAACUCUACUGAAACACUUUCAUUUAAACAGAUUGUAGCAAAUGAGACCGACACAGAAGCGGUAAACCAGAAUGAUCUAGAUCUUAUCUCUGACGAUGAGGAAAAGGAUCCAGACGAAGAGGUAGAUGGAGGUUGCCCAGUCAUCCGCCUCACCAAGGAGGAGAAGUUGAGACUACGUAGCAAAUGGAAGCAAACCCUUAUUGUGAAGGUGUUGGGGAGAUCUAUUGGAUACGCAUACUUGCUGAGAAGACUAACAACGUUGUGGCAUCCAAAAGCCAGAAUGGAGCUGAUAACCAUUGAAGGGGGUUACUUCUUGGUAAAGUUUGCAUCGAUAGAAGAUUACGAGUUUGCAAAAUACGGGGGCCCUUGGAUGGUUUUGGAACACUAUCUAAUUGUUAAAGAAUGGGUUCCAAACUUUUAUCCGCUCACUGAUAGAACGGAAACGGUAAUAGUAUGGGUGCGUUUUCCAUGUUUAUCGGCGGAGUAUUAUGACCACAAGUUUCUUAUGAGGGUAGGUGCGAAGAUCGGUAGGCCUAUCAACAUCGACACGACGACAAGCUUGGUGUCACGGGCAAUGUUUGCGAAAAUCUGUGUUGAGGUGGAUAUUACUAAACCACUGCUAUCAAAGUUUACAUUAAGGAGGAAGGUAAGGGGAAUCACAUACGAGGGUUUGCACUGGAUCUGUUUUAAGUGUGGUACGUAUGGUCAUGGUCUUGAGACGUGCCUGCAAAACCAAGAUCAAGCUGAAAGCGGGGAGGAAAGGACGGGGAACGAAGGUGGCGGACACUCGCCGGCGGUGGAGGGUAACGGGGACAACGGUCAAAGACGCAUGAAUGGAAAGAAAGAUAACAGUAAGGAAAGAAUGUAUGUCAGACUAGAGAUUACGGAUGAUUAUGGCUCAUGGAUGGUAGCUGAGCGAAAAGGAAAAAGGAUCGCAACAAAUCCGGAAAGAAAUCAGACGUAG